AUGGAAAAGAGCAAGGAAGCUUCCGUCGAGAAAUGCAGAGACGGCAAAGAGGGCCAAAAAUCCGCAAGCGCCAACGCCAAAUCAUACAAGGGACUGCUCAAGAGUCUCGCAAGAAUGAGACAGCAACCGAACCGACACGAAGAACUUGCUUCGAAGACAUCUCAGUGGACAUGGACCAAUAAACAAUGCCGAGAGUGGAUUACAGCAGUUAGUGUAUGGUAUUUGGGAUACGAUGAGGUCGAUGGAGAGAAAGCUGCGGCAAAGUUCCAAGGAUUUGGACCUUCGUUAUUUGCUACCACGAUCCGGAACUGGGAAAUGAUAUUUGGCAACAAGCACAAAGCACACUCUGUAUGCAUGUUGAUAUACAAUUUGCAGAGAGAAAAGGGUGCAGUCCCUAGAAGUAUUGGAGUGCACGAUCCUUGGAAGGAGGUACAGUGA